AAAGGCAAGUAAACAAAGCAGCAAGAGAAAGAAAGCGAGAGACGCGCGCACACACAACAGUGACAGUGUGAUACCGCCCCAAGUGAGAACCCAAAGGCCAAACGGAGGCGAAGAGACUACACGAGAGGGGAGGGCAGGAAGCAAAGGCUGAGCCGAGCCGCUGAGCUAGAGCACCACUGCACCAGCAGCUAGCGACAAGGUUGAAUCCGAGAGGAGGACAAGCCGUGGCUGCCGCAGCAGCAGCAGCAGCAGCCGCUUGUGAGAAGCGCUCGUCUUCUACUCGCGAGGCGACGAAUCACAAUCGCUGAAGAAGCUGACAUCUUGGUCCCACCCACCCGCUCGGCAGGGCGCUCACCACCGUGUGAUGGCUGCCCGUGCGCCGGCGGCGAGGGGAGGCGUAGGUGCUCCUGUGGCAGCGGCGAGGAGGGGCGGCGGUCUCCGCGCGAAGCAGGCCGGGCGUGCCAGCUGCCGCGGCGCCUAGAGCGGGCGGAGGCGGAGCUAGGGUUCUUGCCAGGGGGGGUGCUGGGGUUUUAGCGGAGGUGCGAGAGGGGAAAGGGAGAUGGCGGUCGGGGACGCGCUGCGGCGGCUGUGCGAGGAGAUUGGGUGGUCCUACGCCGUCUUCUGGAAGGCCAUCGGCGCCGCUGACCCCGUGCAUUUGGUGUGGGAGGAUGGUUACUGUGGCCACACGUCAUGCCCUGUCGGAUCUGAGCCUUCUGAAGCUCUGCCCACAGAGGUCGGCUGCUCUGCUGCUGCUGCUGACACCAUCUGCUCGCUCGUCAAGAAAGUAAUGGCGUCUCAGGUUCAUGUCGUGGGCGAAGGGACCGUAGGCCGCGCUGCUUUCACUGGCCAUCAUCAAUGGAUCGCUCAUGGCACUGCCAAUGGUCACGGGCUCUCAUCCGAGGUGGCUGCUGAGAUGAAUAAUCAGUUCAGAGUUGGCAUUCAGACUAUUGCGAUUAUUCCUGUGCUACCACGUGGUGUUCUACAGUUGGGCUCUACUGGUUUGGUUAUGGAAAACAUAAAUUUUGUGAUGUAUGCAAAGAAGUUGUGUUCUCAUCUAAACAACCGUUCAAGCUUGGCUGUAUCUGCUUCAGUUAAAAAUGCUUCAAGUCAGCAUGGUCAGUCACGUUCUUUACAUGGAUCCUUUCAUGCCCACUCUGAUGACAGUAGCUCAAAAAUCAGCAGUCAAUGCCCUGUAACUUCUGAACCACACAGCUGUCCUGAUACUGCAACUGUUUCAAUUAGCACACCACCAAAUGCAUUAUUGAAUGCAUCUUUGCUUAAGGUUGCGCAACAGAAAGGUCAGCCUGUUAGAGAGCACAUCACCUGUGCCGAGCCUGAUGUUAGGUUCAUUCAACAAGCAUCCUAUUGCGAGAGCCGAUUUGGAAGUAAUCCACAGAGUGUUGCUCUGAGUUCAGGUUUGAUCUCCCCAAGUUUGACAUCAGUGAAAAAGCAACCACUCUUGAUGAACAGCAUUGGGCAAUUAGAAUUCAGCAAUAAUGCAUAUUCAUCCGCAGAUUUGGCAAGAAACAUCAUUUUAAAAUCCCUUGUGCUCCGGGACCCUUCUGUCUGCGAAAAUACAAACAUAAAUAUACAUCAUGGAAGAUAUGUGGUAUCCAAUGAUAUAAAUGGUCCUGGUAAUUUUGAUUUUCUCCCUGUAGGUGCCAGAGUAAACAUGGCUAACUUGUAUACUGGUGUAUCGAGUCAAGUAUUGGACCAAAGAUGCCAUUCCACUUCAGGAACGUUGCUGCAGAAACAGCCUCUAGUUCCAUCCAAGGCUCCCGAAUCUUCUGAAUUCUCUACGAAAAUGGAGAAUCCAGAAAUAGGGUCAUUUCAAGUUCCUUCAGUUCCAGCUUCUGAAUCUGAUGGCCAGGUUUCUAAUGGCUUGAGCACAGGCCGAGGAAAUCAAUUGAGUAGGUCAAACCAUAUCCGCCAAGACCAAAAGAUUAAUAGAGUUAGUGAUCCAAGUGCUAAUGUCAGAACGCAAAUAAUGAAGAAUGGGGAUGAAUGCGACCUCCGAGGAAUACCCAGUGAGAGAGCUUCCUCGUUGCUUGUGGAGCCUACUGCAGAUAAUGACUUGUUUGAUAUGCUUGGUGCAGAAUUUCACCAGUUCUCACGCAAUGUGGGUGCUGAUUUGAUCUCCUGGAGUGGUGCAGAGUCGCAGAAUUCAGAUAGAGAUGUGCCUGAAUCAUCGAUAUACCUUGAUAACUCUGCCCUCUUCAGUUCACUAGAUAACGAGCUUCACCAUUCUGGGAUCUUCUCACUAACUGAUACUGAUCAGCUAUUGGAUGCUGUCAUAUCAAAUGUCAAUCCAGGUGGCAAGCAGUGUCCUGACGAUAGUGCUUCUUGCAAGACUUCAUUGACGGACAUUCCUAGCACAACUCAUCUUGCUCCAAAAGAGUUCAAGCCACAUGAGUCCUCCGGUGCUCCUUCAGUGCUAAUCAAGCAUGAGUCGGCACAGUUUGUUAAACAACCAUGUUUCUUUGAUAAGUCUGAGGACGGUUGCCUUUCCCAAAAUAACGGAAUGCACAAAUCUCAGAUACGUCUGUGGAUUGAGAGUGGUCAGAACAUGAAAUGUGAAAGUGCAUCAGCUUCUAACAGCAAGGGUCUUGAUACGCCAAGCAAGGCAAACCGAAAGAGAUCUCGACCAGGAGAGAGUCUUAAGCCACGACCAAAAGACCGGCAGCUGAUACAGGACCGUAUAAAGGAGCUCCGUGAACUUGUUCCGAAUAGUGCAAAGUGUAGCAUUGAUGCUUUGUUGGAGAAAACAGUUAAGCACAUGCUUUUCUUACAAAGCGUGACGAAGAAUGCGGACAAACUCAAGGAUUCUGCAGAAUCUAAGAUACUUGGAGGUGAAAAUGGCCCCCUUUGGAAAGACUACUUCGAAGGUGGGGCAACUUGGGCCUUUGAUGUUGGCUCUCAGUCUAUGACAUGCCCAAUCAUCGUUGAGGAUCUUGACCGACCUCGUCAGAUGCUCGUGGAGAUGCUUUGUGAGGAUAGAGGAAUCUUCUUGGAGAUAGCUGACUUUAUCAGAGGACUUGGAUUGACUAUCUUAAGGGGUGUAAUGGAAAUGCACAAAAGUAAAAUCUGGGCACAUUUUACUGUUGAGGCAAACCGGGAUGUAACAAGAAUGGAAAUCUUCCUAUCACUUGUGCGCUUAUUGGAACCGAAUUGUGAUGGAAGCGGAGCAGCAGAGAAUGCUAACAACGUGAACAUGCCUCUUGGUUUGGUGCACCAACCUGUCAUCCCAGCAACAGGUCGCAUCCAGUGAGAAGUAGAGCAAAACCCUCAAACAUGUUCCAAAUGCUAAGAGCAGGAGUUCAGCUCACUUCCGCCAUGACUAGCAUUGCCAAUAUGCCUGUGCACCACCUGCUUUCCUGUGACAUCUUAAUCUGGGCAAAUGUGCAUCCUUCUUGGCGCCUGAUUGGACAAAGUCUUGACAUGAGAUGCGAGGAGACAAUGACUCGACGACACAGAUGAUCAUUUGGAACUAUUUUGCUGUAUAAUCUUUAGUUUAUUUGUUAGUGCUAUUUUGUCGUAUAUUAGUGGAUUUUUGAACUGUUAUUCAGAAUGGAAAUUCUUGGGUUGAUUAGUUUCACAUUUAAAAAAAAAUGCAGAAACCCCCCUUUAUAAGUCUCUCGUCCCUUCUGAUGUUAGUGAUGUUACAGUGUAAACAGAUUCUUAGUUAUUACCCUUAUCAGAUUGCUGUGUUGCUCA